AGCUUGGCUGGGGGAAGAGACAGUUGCACAAUAUCAGCUCCACAAAAAGCAUCACCUCCUCCUCCUCCUCCUCCCUGUCCAUGAAGAUGCCUGAAGCCUCGGUCCCUGCUUGCUUCCUCUGCCUUCUUGCCUUGUCCUCAGCCUGUUACAUCCAGAACUGCCCCAGAGGGGGCAAAAGAUCUUACCCCGACACAGAACUCCGACAGUGCAUGCGGUGUGGGCCUGGGAACAGAGGCAACUGCUUUGGCCCCAACAUUUGUUGCGGAGAAGAUAUGGGAUGUUAUAUCGGUACCCCUGAGACCUUCCGCUGUGUAGAAGAGAAUUUUGUGCCUUCUCCUUGUGAGGCUGGGGGGAGACCUUGCAGUACAGGCCGGUGUGCAGCCCCUGGAAUCUGCUGCAGUGAUGAGAGUUGCAGUUUGGACUCGGCUUGUCUGGAUGACGAGAGUGAAAGACGGCGAGUGCCGCUGGAAAAGAACACGACCGUCAUGGACGGCUCAGCCAGUGACUUUCUCCUGCGGCUCAUGCAUUUGGCCAACAGACAACAGCAAGCCAAGCACCAGUACUACUGAGCCCACACACACACCUUCUGUUGCCACACAUUUGUAACAUGUAGCUUAUCAUAUGGAGUUUUAUGAUACAAAUUCUGUAUUUAAGAACAGAGCAAAAACACAAAUGGCUAACGUUUAUUGUAUAUAGAGCAAAUAAAGUCUUUUAUUGCACUGUA